AUGUCAUCAACUGCAAUACACAGCAACCAGCAACGAAGUUUUCACGAAGCCGUAAAGAGGGGGGACCCAAACGAGCUGACCCGGCUUCUACGGAGUAAUAUUUCAGGUACGGUAAACGUGAAUGUAUUCGAUGGAGACGGCCAGACCCCGCUUCAUCAGAGCGUUCUGGUCGGCAACUUGGAACUUGUCAAACUCCUCGUGCAGUUUGGAGCUGAUGUACGGCUCGCGAACAGAGAUGGGUGGAAUGCACUACACAUAGCAGCCUACGGUGGCCACGACGAUAUAGUACUCUACCUCAUCCGACGGCGUGGGGGCGAUCGGAAGCGGUGA